ACUAGCGCCAUCUUUGCUUAAAUUUAUACGGUUGUCUAUCCAUACUUACAUUAAAAUUUAUCGAAAUUCAUCGAUUACGAAAUCGCUUGAUCAGCAUGUGUUUUGGUUUUGUGAGCAGCGCGAAACUGAGUUUUAUAGUAAAUAAAUCAUAAUGGGCAAUUAAGUUAGAUUAUUUUUAGAUCAUUUCAUUCAUUAAAGUGAUUAAGAAUCUGAAUUUUCAUUGUUUCAGUUUAACUAAUAAACUGUAGCAGCGUGUUUCAUUCGCUGAAUAAAAGUAUUUUAUCCUUGAAUUUUUAGAUAUGGUAUAAUUGUGAGAGUCAAGUACUGCAAUCUUUUGAAACUAUUAUCCCCAGUUUUAAGCAUUAUCAAGGCAUCUAAACAUGGCUAACUUAAAAAGACAUUUUAAUUUUACAAAAUCUUCAAUAAAUCAAGAGCGAGAUAUGACAUUUCCCAUUUCAUCUUCUGGCAAAUCAUCUUAUCGAGAUUUUGACAAAAAUAAUUUAAUGAAUGAUAUAAGAAAUUGUCUAGAUGUUUGCUGUUGUUACAUUCAGACUUUGAACUCACUCUGUGGAGCUGGCUCGUCUUUAGCAAGAAACUUGUUUCAUACUGUGCGUGAAGUACCUGUCUAUUACAAUGUAUCUCUCCAGUUUCUAUCUGUAUGGGAAGAAAUAAGCAAAGCUACUGCUGGUGCUAGUGCUGCUGUAAAAACUGAAACGCUUAUGAUGCUGCAGGAGAUUUUAAAUGACUUAGAAAUGGGGACAAGUGAGGCUAACAUUGAAAAUACUAUUGCUGAAAGUUUUCAAGUAAUUGGUACUUGCCUCUCUUCAUUUAUUGAACUUCAAGCACAAUUCUCCUUAACUACUUGGAAAUCUUUGUCUAAACUGUCCAAAAACUUUACUAGUGAUUCAGUGAGACAUGGUCUGCAAUGGAAAUCACUGGAAAGGAAUCCUUCAAAAAUCUCAGUCAAUACAGAUUUGAAUGCAACUAUCAAAAAACAUUUUUCUCAUAUAUUCAAAGUUGGGAAUUUGAAAACAAAUGAGCCUACUGAGCAUCAGCAAUAUCAUUCCUCUCCUAUAUCUGCAGCUACAAAUAUGUCAGUAUAUUCGCCAUUUGGAACGCCAGCUGUUACGGACAGUUCAUCGUCAAACUCUGUUUGGCCAACUCCAACUUCAAUUUGGACUUCGUCAGACACUAAAACUGUUAAUUAUUCCAGAUCAAAUGGAUCUCCUGAACAAGAUCCACUAAAUGGUUCCCCGAACAAUAUUGAUUUAGAUGAAGUCAUAAACCUUUUAUCUUGUGUUCCUGCUCAACAAACUGGAACUAAAGCGAAUAGUCAAAAUUAUUUAUCAAUGUGUUCAAACAGUGAACAAAUGUAUCAUCUUCUACCAAAAGUUUCAGUGCCUCCCAUCUCUCGUCGAUUGAACUCUCAUAGAUCAUGGACUAAAGAGCCAAGAGAUCUAUUUGGUAAUGAUUCAUGGAUUUGGAGGAUUGAUAACAUGAAUUGUUCUGGACUUCCUAGAAAUGAAGAUAUAUUAAAGCUUUGUAAUGAAGCCAACAAAGACAUUCAGACUCAUUGGGAAAAUAAAGAACUACAAAAAUGGAAUAGUUCAAUUUGUGAGACUGGAAGUUCAAGUGAUGAUGGAUCUUCUGUUAAUGGUCCAGAUACUGAUUUCCAUCCUGGAAUUGGAGGAUCCUUUGGAAAGCAUCUGUUACUUUCUUUAUCAAAUAGAAAACAAAGCAGUGGUGAAAGCAUGCCUGGUGGUUUGGAAAACAUAUCUGAGUCUAAAGAAGAAUGCUUAUGGGCAACUCAUUCAAAGAUAAGUACAUGGCCCUUAAAACAGUCUGCAUUUAGAAAUUCUGAUGGCGAGUGUCAAGAAAGAGCUGAAUAUUUACAAUAUCCAAAUCAUUAUUUUACUUCUUCAUAAAUAUAUAAAUUCAUAUACUCAUAAAUUUUAUAUUUGUAUCCAUUUGUACAGAAAUAAAUGUUUAUUUAAGCUA